AUGGCUGCGACCGCGAUAGACGAGGCCUCAAUCCUCGCCAGAUUCGAUGAGCUCGUCAGCGACGGCGUGGUGAUGUACGCCGAGGACAUGGAGAAGGUCUACUACGAGGACCAGGGCUUCAAGUUCGAGUUCCGCAUCACGUCGGCCCUGGAAAGCAAGCCCGCCGCCGUGGGAGACAACGCGGAGUUGGACGACGCCAACGGCGGGGCCGACGGGGGCACCCACCACACGUCGUCCGAAACCAAGGUGCCCGGUGUGGGCAAUGGCAGCGCCGACGCCAGCAGCAGCAGCAGCAGCAACGGAACACCGCGCGGCAUAGAGCUCGACGCGGGCGGCUGCGUGCCCGGGGGCGACAUCAGCAUCGCGGGGUACGAGAUCGGCCUCGUGGGCGGCGGCGCGCACGUCCUCUCGUUCAACAAGUUCUGCGCGUACCGCCCGCACCUGAUGCUCGUGACGGCCGACGGGCGGCGGCGCCAGUUCGAGGCGUUGGACGACGCAGACUUUGGGGCCGCGCGGGAGGUCCUGAUGGGGCUGCAUCGCCGCGGCGGCGGCGGUGGUGGCGUUAGGCAGGAGUAUCUCGUCAUCUUCAACUGCGGCAAAAAGGGAGGAUGCAGCAGGCUCCAUAAGCACAUGCAGGUGAUCCCCGCGCCCGACGCCAUCCCGUCGUGGCCCGACGAGGCCGGGCCGGAGGGGGCCUCCGGAGGGAGACCGGGCCCGCCGUUUCGGUACUUCAUGCACCGGUUCGCCGGGUCUCUGAACGGCGGCAGUGGCGGCAGUGGCGGCGGCGGCGGCGAGGCUGGGGAGCUGCCGUCUGCGGACGAGCUGGUCAGGGCCUACCGACGGAUGCUCCGGCAAGCGGCGGCGCUGGUUCCCGGGCGGGAGGGGGCCGUGGAGGAGAGCGGGGCUGGGGGCGGCAGGGAGGCGGCGGUGCCACACAACGUCUUGCUGGGCGGGAGGUGGAUGGUGGUCAUCCCGAGGGUGACGGACGGGGUCGGCGAGGCCGGCGUGAACGCGGCGGGGAUGCUGGGCGUCGUCUGGGCCGCGGGGGCGGAGACGGUCGACAAGUGGAAGAGGCUGGGGCCGAGGCGGGUGUUGAGUGAGGUUGGCGUUCGGGGAUGA